ACUAAAAAGUUUCGUAAGUUCUGGCUUCUGGGGACACACACGAGUUUUUUGUUUAAUUUUAUAGAAAAAUAUUAAAUUUAUAAAAGAAAAAUGCGUAUAACUCAGUUUUUAAGAUCGAAAGUAAAGAAUUUCUCAAACUUCCCCAAGGAAUACAUUGAGAGGAGUAAGAAACAGGUCUACUAUGAUACUCCCAAAGGUGUGCCACAAUAUUUAAAUCGCACAGUGGAGCGCAAACGUUUUCGUUACACAAUGAAUCGUCCUUGGACCGGACAAUUCCGUCAACAAAACAUGCCGGGUACCAUGCGUAAAAAGGUGUUUGUAACACCCAUCGAGGAAUGGGGUUUCUUCCGCGGUGAUCGUAUUGAAGUUCUAGUGGGCAAAGAUAAGGGCAAGCAGGGAUAUGUUACACAAGUUAUACCCGAACGUAAUUGGGUGGUAGUUGAAGGUUUAAAUUGGCACUAUCGUACUGUGGGCGGUGAAGAUGACUUCCCUGGCGUGCUAAUUAAAUCAGAAGCCCCCUUGGAUGUUACUAAAGAUUUACGUCUAAUUGAUCCUUCGGAUUUGCAAGGCUGUGAUUUUGAAUGGCGUUUUACGGAGGAUGGUGAAAAAGUGCGUGUUUCAGUACGCACUGGACGUAUUAUUCCCAUUCCAGAAUCUAACAAUCAAACACAUGAUUAUAAGACAAAAGCGGCCUAUAUUGAAAGAGAAAAGGAUACACCAGCCAACGUUGUUGAAGAAAUCACCUUCCAACCCAAAUUAAGUACCUUCGAAAUGGACAUAAUGGAAGAAAUGGGCAUACAAGAAGAUCGCAUACCUAAAAAAUCAUACUGGUAUUAAAUAGUCAAAAUUU